GCGUGGAGGGACCUGCCCGCGGAGGUCUCGGGACGCGGGUCACCCUGCUCGGUGGCGGCCGCAACGCGGCCCGGCCCUCUGGCUCCUGGGUCUGCGGGGCGCGGCCCUCCGGGAAAAGGGGGGACAUAGAGCUGCUUAGGGAAACCUUUUUUUUUUUUCUUUUAAAUUUCAGUAUAGGAGAACUCAGAAACUCAAGCAAAAGCAUUCAAAAUCUGCAUGUCGCUCUGCCUCUGAGCUCUGCCCCUUCCCUAGGGAGGGCCCUGCAGGAAGGAAGAAGACGACAAUGGCUGCUGGGCCUCUGCCUGUGGGAGCUCAGACUGGGAGACAAGACUUGAAACCAAAGAGUCAACUCCAAAGCCCAACAUUACUGAAGAUUUGCCUGAUGGGGUGAUGGAAAGGGAAGGUCUCUGGCAUUCUACUUUAAGGAAAAGCUGGAAUUCUGAUCAUUGGUUAGAGAAGCAACAAAAAAUCCAAGACAGACAUCAGAGCCAGGUGGCACCUACCCAUAAGGAAGUCUGCCUUGAGAGGAGGGUAUGUGGAGGUAAUGAAUUUGAAAGGCUUUUCAGUCAGCAUUCAAUCCAUGAUAUGCAACCACACAUUUGUGUGGCAAAAAGGCCCCAUCAUUGGAAUUCACAUGAAAAAGAUGCCAAAAGAAAUUCCGAGUUAACUAAAACUCAAAGAAUGUUUGUAGGAAAGAAAGUCUAUGAAUGUAAUGAGUGCAGGAAAACCUUCAGCCAGAGCUCCUCCCUUCUUAAGCACCAGAGGAUUCAUACUGGAGAGAAACCCUAUAAGUGUAAUGUGUGUGGGAAGCACUUCAUUGAACGCUCCUCCCUUACUGUACAUCACAGGAUUCACACUGGAGAGAAACCCUACAAAUGUAAUGAGUGUGGGAAAGCCUUCAGUCAGAGUAUGAAUCUUACUGUUCAUCAAAGAACGCAUACUGGAGAGAAACCCUAUCAGUGUAAAGAGUGUGGAAAAGCCUUCCGUAAGAAUUCAUCUCUUAUUCAACAUGAAAGGAUUCAUACUGGAGAAAAACCCUACAAAUGUAAUGAAUGUGGGAAAGCUUUUACCCAAAGCAUGAAUUUGACAGUGCACCAGAGAACUCAUACAGGAGAAAAACCCUAUGAAUGUAACGAAUGUGGAAAAGCUUUCAGUCAAAGCAUGCACCUUAUUGUACAUCAGAGAAGUCACACUGGAGAGAAACCCUAUGAAUGUAGUGAAUGUGGAAAAGCCUUUAGUAAGAGCUCAACUCUGACCCUACAUCAGCGAAAUCACACUGGAGAAAAACCCUACAAAUGCAACAAAUGUGGGAAAUCCUUUAGCCAAAGCACAUACCUUAUAGAACAUCAGAGACUUCAUUCUGGAGUAAAACCUUUUGAAUGUAAUCAGUGUGGAAAAGCUUUCAGUAAGAAUUCAUCUCUUACUCAGCAUCGGAGAAUUCACACUGGAGAGAAACCUUAUGAGUGCAUGGUAUGUGGAAAACACUUCACUGGGCGAUCAUCCCUUACUGUACAUCAGGUUAUUCACACUGGAGAGAAACCGUAUGAAUGCAAUGAAUGUGGAAAGACCUUCAGCCAGAGUGCAUACCUCAUUGAGCAUCAAAGAAUUCAUACUGGUGAGAAACCAUACGAAUGUGAUCAGUGUGGAAAAGCCUUCAUUAAGAAUUCAUCCCUUACAGUGCAUCAGAGAACUCAUACAGGAGAGAAGCCCUAUCAGUGUAAUGUCUGUGGAAAAGCCUUCAGCCGGAGCACAAACCUUACACGUCAUCAAAGAACGCACACGUGAGGAAAGACCCCUUCAACACGAUUGACUUUCAUUAGUAACCAGUUAUGUCAUUAAUACAGAAACCUAAUAAAUGUAACAAUUGUGGGAAUCUUUUGGUUGAAAUAUAGCAUACUGUGCCAGACGUAUACCACACAGACCACUGCAGAGAAACCAUAGAAAAGUGGAAAAGUCUUAAUUCAGAAAGGAAAACUUACUUUACAUCAGAAGAUGGAAGUAGCUAACAGUAAAAACAAUGACAAUUCAUGCCGAAAGGUAAGUUCUGUUAUAUCCUACUACAGAUUCUGCCUUGAAUAUAUUCCAGAGACUUGACCCUGGAGAGAAAAUGUGAAGGUGCUUAAUGGACAGCUCAAAGACCUGGUAUAUAGUUCUGGAUAAGGCACCUACUUUCACCAUAUCACAGCUUCUUUAUCUGGUAAGACUGACUUGGGAUUUAAAUGUUUUCAGGAUCCGUUUUAGCUCUAAAGUGCUACAAACCUGUAAAUAUACUGAAUGCU